AAUGAAAGCUCGUGCUCCUCCUCCACCAAAUCAAGCUUCUGCAGCAAGUAGAAUUCACAGUGAGCACAAGUCACCUGCAGAGACAGCUGUAAUUUCUGAUCAGAACCUUGUGAGCAUGAAGGAGAACAUGAUAAACAGAUCGGUGGACUUCACGGUCGUUUUACCCAGUGGGGUGGAGCAGAAGAGCACAGUACAAGGAAGUAAAGCUGUGAUGGAUCUGUUGGUUGAUUUAUGCAGCCAAUAUCGCUUAAAUCCAUCCCAACAUAGUCUUGAACUGAAGUCUUCGGGAACUCAACAACCUCUGAGUUACAAGCCGAACACUUUGAUAGGAGCCCUGGAUGUACAGAGGGUACUUCUGAAAGAGAAGGUUCCUGAAGAGAAGACAAAGCGACCUCUGCCAAGGGUCCCUGAGAAAUCUGUGAGGCUAGUGGUGAACUAUCUGAAGACGCAGAAGACCGUGGUUCGAGUUAGUCCGGAGGUGCCUCUCCGCAACAUCAUCCCAGCUAUUUGUGAGAAGUGUGAAGUCAGUCAAGAGCACGUUGUCCUUCUGCGAGACAGCAUCACUGGGGAGGAGCUGGAGCUUACCAAGUCCUUGGAGGAGCUGGGGAUAAAGGAGCUGUACGCCUGGGACAGAAAGAGAGUUCCUCCAUCAAAAACUCAGUCUGAACCUUCUCUGAACUGCAGAGAACCAAGUCGAAAGGCUUCAGUAAGCAAUGAUGCAAUAGAAAAAGAAAAGACAAGACUUCUGGGACUAUUUAAAGCUGACAGAAGAAGCAGCGAGACAGAAGAACACUUGAGGAUGAACAGAGAUUGUGGUGAGGAGGAUGUUUUUAGUUCUUCAUCUACAAGUGAAGGAAGCUUGGAUGGUUUUUCCACAGCACCAAAUUCCCCUUCGGUGAAUUCUCGUUCCAGUAGCCUGGGUCCAUCCCUGUCUCUUGGUAACAUCUCAGGAAUGACAGCAAACCCAGAAGUGAAAAAGCGCCGAGCACCUCCUCCACCAGUUGUGACACCUGCGUUGCAGAACAUGGAGAUGAGUGGACAAGAAAAGACGGCAGCACAGAUUUCACAAGGAGCAUCCCUAAACGAUUUACGGAAGAAGAAGAGGCGUGCACCUCUUCCGCCAGCUGCAUCUGCUCCACCCACUCCUGCCAUGCCGAACAGGACAGAAGAGAGGGAAGACAAGAGGAAGAGCACAAUGGGUGAUGGACGGCAGGUGCCACAGAAGCCUCCUAGAGGCACCACCACUCGUGGCCCACCCCAGUUAGUGAUCCCCCCACCCCCACCUUACCCUCCACCUGACAGAGACAUUAUGGAUCCAUCAGUCUGUUACAGAGAAGCAGAUGUUACAGCACCAACAGAGCUGGUACCUGAAAAGAGCCUGCUGCCCGCACAUGAUAAUGUUUAUGUAGUGGAUGACACGGUUCUGGAGCUAUCAGAGAUGGAAGAAACGGCAUCAGAAAGCAGUUGUUUUGCAUCUGAGGACACCACGGAAGACUCUGGUGUUGUGAGCUCCCCAUCUGACAUCGUAUCUUUGGAUUCACAAAAUGAGAGUAUGAAGUUGAGAGACAUCAAGCUGGUCAAUGGCUACAUGGACUCAACUGAGGCAGGUGUGAUGUAUGGUGCAGAGACGUGCCCCGUAAAGAACACCUCCUGUGAUAGCAUGGGAUCUGACAGUGCUCCACAGAGGAAAGAAGAAGAAGAAAUGGCUUUGACUGAGCGUGAGAAUGAGGAUGUAUUCAUAGCUGCACAACUCCAGCAGACUUUGGAUGACCUGGAUGAAGAUUUAGAAGCAGCCGAUGGUAUAAGUAACUCUGACCCUGAGCACAUCAAUGAAGUGUUGAGCCCACGUAUAAGAAAAGUUGAGGCUGCCCAAGAUGUUACGAUUUCUGUUCCAGUAACAGUCAUAGAUGAUGCUCCAGACGUUAGCACCUCUAACUCAGCUGGAAGUCACGCGACAGAGACAACAGUUUCACAAAAUAUCUCAGCUGACUCUGUUAGUACAGGAAACUUUACAAAUAAAAACAACAAUGCAGCCUCCUUUCAUAAGGGACACACAGAUGGUGGAGCUGUAUGCAUAUCCAAAGACCUAAUACACCAGCAACCAUCUGUAAAUGAAUUCAGUCACUUGCCUGUGGAACAGAGGAGAGAUAUGUUUGAAUCUCUCACAUCCUGCUUUGAAAAAAGAAGUGAAAAGAACUUAAGACUGGAACCCCCCCCCAAACAUGGUGUGAAGUCUGACGAAUAUAAAUCUAAGCUGACUCCAUCUCACUCCAAGGCCACAGCUGAAAUCAGUGCAGCAAAAGAGAAGAUAAAUCCAUUUAAUGAAUGUAGUAACAGGGAAAGAUCUCUGAAGAAAAGUAAGUCAGAAUUAGAAAUCAAAUGGCCGCCAGCAAAAAAAAUUGAAGUAGAAGAAGCCCCAGCAACACCCACAUGGUGUCAUCGGGCCCAGAAUACAGGGACAAGCUAUGAACCUAAAAUGGGUUUGACAACCUUUAAAGUUGUCCCUCCAAAACCUGAAGUUAAACAGUUCGAUAGAGGAGUUUCACUUUCCACUGGUGCCAUUAAGAUAGAUGAACUAGGCAACCUUAUAGGCCCAAACACUGGUGUCAGUAAGCACAUACCAGCUACUUCUACUGAUGAAAGUGAGGAAAUUCAUCUUGGGAAAGUGAAGGCAUUCUGGAGGUCAAGUUCUAUGGAAAAGCAAAGUGAUGACUCUGCCGAGCAUCUUCCUAAAAAGUCAGCAGUCACCACAAACUCUAAGCCUUUUACUAUAAAACAUGAACAAAAACCUGUCUGUCUUGCAGCUCCAAAACCUGUAGGACCACAAACUGUUACUACCCAGGUAGCUGAAAGACUGUCUGAGAAUGAAAGGACCAAACCACCUCUUCCAUUUACGCAGUCUCAGGCAAUACCAUUAGUGGCCCCAACCAUUAAUAAGGACAAGCUGGAGCUUCCAUUUCUAAAGCCACACAGGAGAACUUCAAGUCAGUAUGUUGCCUCUGCCAUUGCAAGACACAUCAAUGUAACUACCUUUAAGUCUGACUCUAUGGAAUAUCAUGAGAAAGAUGAAAAUAAGCACAGGACAGGAGAGGUUAAAAACAAAGCAGAAGUUUCACCAAAAAGAUGUAUUAUUGUGGCCAAAGAUAGCCCUGUGGAAACAGAAUCAGCAGAAACUAGAGAAACACUUUCAAGUAUUUUUACUUGCAGUCAAAAAGCAUCCCACAGGUUUACACCUGGUGAUAAUUCUGGCGUGGAAAACAAAGUAGUUAACAUCAGGGCACCAAAUCAAGCAGCUCCUGUGAGUUUCUAUAAAAAGAAUGCCAGUGUCCCACUUACUAAAUCCUCUUCAAGGGAUAACAACAGUGCAGAAGAUGAUCAUGGUUUAAACAGCAGACAAAGCAUAGCAGAGAAAAAGAUGCGUCUUUUCUUUGACCAGAAAUGUGAGACUUUGACCCAUACUAAUUCAGCCUCAUCUCUCAAGUCUCCUGAUCUCCAAGGAGUCCCAUCCUCUUUCAGCUCAUCUUUGCGAAUCACUAGAUGGCCUCCUGCUAAUGGUGUACAAGUUAGUUCACUUAAAGCUUCACCCGAGCUAAAUGGUGCAGCAGCAAACGCAGAGUCAGAACAGGAGGAGAAACCUGAUGAUUUGGAUAUUAAUGCUAGUAGUGAACUGGAUGUUAACGCGCAGACCAAUAUCUUUGGACCAAAGAAGAAGUUCAAACCUGUUGUCCAAAAACCAAUUCCAAAAGACACAUCACUGCACAGUGCCCUCAUGGAAGCCAUUCAAACAGGAGGGGGAAAGGAGAAACUCAGAAAGGUUUCGGACAGUGCACUAAAUGGCAGUCACAGGAAGCCCUCAUAUGCUGAGCCAGAGAAUGAGCGCUCAGCCCUACUAGCAGCAAUUAGAGGCCACAGCGGCACCUCAAAGCUGAGAAAGAUCUCCUCGUUGGCCUCCCAAGAGCUGCAGAGUUUUAGGAAUGCAGAACUGUCCUUGCAGAAGGCAGAAGACCCUCAGGAAAGGCAGCUGUGUAUCCCAUCUGCUCUUGCCCAGCUGCCGCCACCACCACCUCCCACUCAGCUGUCAGCAGCAGCUCCCAAGUCCUCUGCCGCGGCUACAGGUAGCCCUGGGGAGGCAAGGCAAGCCCUAAUGGAGGCCAUUCGCUCUGGUGCUGGAGCAGCAAAGUUAAGAAAGGUAAAUGUACUUUUAUAUUUUAUUGCGCAUGAAAUGACCUACGCUUGCUGUGCUUUGAGAGCCAUUUAUAAGCUGUUCUAG